UAAUUAACAAGAGGUCGCUCGAAGCUUCAGGACUCUAUUCACAGUAAUUACAGAGUUAUGGUUUAUCGCAUUUACGUCGAUGGAGUCGAUCGAUCUAACGUCUUUUAUAAAUUGAUCAAGCGGCGUGAAUCGUCAUAUGAUUUCUGAAAUAAAAUCAAGUGCACAUCGUGUUUCGAAGAUGGCUGCGGUACAAUGUGAGUCGAAAGAUGAUGAUUCCGAAUCGGACUUGUCGAAGUCACCGGUAUUCUCUAGCAAAACCGUUGAAGCGAUAGAAGAGCAUGACAACACCGGACUACCUUUACAAUCUUCCUGGACAUUUUGGUUGGACAAAGCUAUUUCUGGUACAACUGCCGAAGAAUAUAAAGCCAAUUUAAAGAAGAUUUAUACUGUGAAUACUGUACAAAGCUUUUGGGCAGUCUUCAAUAACAUACCAAAUGCUGCUGAGAUACAGGUUAGAUAUAGUUACCAUCUGAUGAGAGAUGGUAGAUAUCCUAUAUGGGAAGAACCAAUCAAUCAAAAAGGCGGAACAUGGAGAUUAAAAUGUCAUAAGUUUGACACUGCAAAAAUUUGGCAAGAAAUAGUACUUGCUGCAAUUGGAGAGCAAUUUGCUGAAUGCAUGGCCGAAGGCGAUGAAGUCUGUGGUGUAACUGUCUCUAUAAGAGAUAGAGAAGAUUUGAUACAAAUUUGGAAUGUGAAUGCUGCCUUGGCACCUAAAGCUACGAUUCUACAAAGGGUUCAUGUCCUUCUACCAGAAGUAAACUUUCUUACUGAAUUUUAUAAAGCUCAUCAAUCUCAUCAUGCGUAUGGCCGAUGUUAAUGGUAAAAAGAAAGAAGAAAAGGAACUAUUUGAUUAAAUAUAUAAUUUUACUUGAAAGAAAUAUAAUGCUAAUAAUAAUAAUAUUAAUAAUAAUAAUAAUAAUGUAAUAUGAAAUAUAAUUAGAUAAAAUUCUAUCAAAGUCUUCCAUAACUAUAAAAGCCAAAACAAAAUUACUGAAUCUUUUUAACUUUAAUAUUCAUGAAUGAUAUAUGCAUAAGUAAUUUUUAAACGUUGCUUAUACACCACAUAUUGUGUAUGUUAAAAUUAAAUCUAAAUGUUAUAUUCGCUUAUUGCACCAGACAAUAUCAAAUAUAUUUUUAUAUAUCUGCAAUUUAUCUCAUUAUGUGUAUAUAUUUAUGUUAUUUGAGAAUAAUGAUUUAUGCGGCUCUGUUCUAAUGUAUAAAGAGGGUACUAUUGUCACGAGCUGAACAUGAACUAUAAAUAAUUUUUUAUUUGACUAA